CGGAGUGGGCGUGGCCACGGCGAUUCUUCCUUAUUGUAGGGGGUACCGGAGUGGUGUCUGUAUUUCCUGCUUUAUUGGUGUAAUAACAUGAAUAAGAAGAUGCGAGACCCCGCUGUUGUGCUUCCCUUGUGUGUAACAUGCAUGAUCGUGUGCUCCAUUACAUUGGAAGUUCUUUAUCUCAUUGUACGGGGCCCGGGAAAUGGACACUGGGCCCUUUUAAUGCUGACCUCAUACCUGUUAUUUAAUGUUGUGGGAAACAUGUUGAAGUUUGUUCGGAGUAACCCCACCAUUCGAGGAGUCUUCCUGGAGCGUGACAGUGUGGGGCAAGGCUGGUUGUACUGCUACAGCUGCCAAACACACGUUCCUCCAAGGUGUCACCACUGCUACAACUGCAAUGUGUGUGUUCUUCGACGUGACCACCAUUGCACCUUGUUAGGACAGUGUGUAGGACAUUCUAACUACCGCUAUUUCAUUUGUUCUUUGUUCCAUGGCUGGUUAGCGCUGCUUCUUGCAACAAUUCUCAAUGCUGAGAUCUUCAUUGAACUGUUACACGAAGGUGUUAGCUUCCAUAGUCUAUUCCUGCUUCUCAUGCCGUGGAUGAUGCUGGUAACAGGUCAAGUGGCACCAUCAACCUUUAUAUUUGCUUUUGUGGCUGACACUUGUGUAGUGGGGCUUCUCUUCUGCUUUGCCUUCCUCGCCCUGCACUGUUCUCUUCUUUAUCAUGGAGCUACCACUAAGGAGUGGUUUGGUGGCCAUGCUUGCACUUUUGACCUUGGCUGGAAAAGGAAUCUCAAGAGCUUCUUGGGGGAGAGAUGGUACCUGGUCUGGAUCUCUCCUUGGAUAGAAUCAAGAUUAAUUGGCGAUGGACUUAACUUUGAAACUAGGGAAAUCACAGAGACUAUCUCAUCCAAGGUGUCUGAUUAUUAAUAUCUCCUCAUGGGAUAUUCCAAUACCCCACUUAAUAAGGUACUGCUUCCAAUUCCAUGGGAGAUUACUAUGGGAGAUCACUAUGGCUGUGUCAAUCUAACUAUGGGUUUGUGCAUGUGUAAAGGAAGCUGUGAUAUAUAUAUAUAUAUAUAUAAUAUAUAUGUGUGUGAUUGUAUACAUACACUCCUUAGAUACAAAUUAUAAUGAAUAAAUAUG